AUGGUCGUCGUUGCCUGCGACGUCGGCGUCUUCAUCGUCGGACCUGCAGGAAGAGCACCAAGUGCUAGGCUGCCGGACAAGUUCGCCGAGUUCGUCGCCGGCAAUGAGCCGGCCGCGCUGCAUCUGCGGGAGGCUGGCUGCGACUGCUGCCGGUGGCCGGUGGACGUGCUCUUCGACAGACGUGGCAAGAUGUACCUCCACAUCGACUGGGAGAAGUUCACGCGCUACCAUGAUCUCAAAGCCUGCUGCAUGCUCACAUUCUCCUACCUAGGCGAUGCGGAUAUGAGCGUCAAGGUGUUCGAUGACACGCGCUACCGCCGGCACUACCACAGCGACGACGAUGAGGAGGACGAUUGA